UGUCUCUCGUCGCCUGGGUAGUUGAAGGAAUCUUGAAAAUGCCGUGGUACUGUUUCCCAGUUUAGCUUUUAUCAAAUGUUCUAAGUUGUGUCAAGCUGCCUCCAGCUGUGUCACUGCGGUAAAUAAGUCAAGACGCAUUUGUGAACUUGGGCCUUGAAGCGAUUGUUUUUCUCUUGUAUUAUUGAAUAGAAUCGAAGAAUGUGUUUUUGUAAAAGAUGCAUCCACGUCGUCGGCAAGUACACACAAAACGCAAGCGGUUAUUAAACCACCGAGGUGACGCAGGGCGCUGCAUAAGCCUUCCCCCGACCUGCGCUAAACCCAAGCUCGCUAGCAGCCCCGCUGUCCCAUCCCAUCCUAUCCUAUUGUCAGAUCUCACCAGCCUUCAGUUUUUCACUGUGGGACCCUUUCAUAAACCCUGAGACACGGCCGGGUGCGCUGCCAAGCUCAGCCACACACAGACGCCCAGAAGUCUGCCCAAGGCCUCUCCAACCACACGGCCCGCCCGCCUGCCAGGCUAGACACAGGCUAACACGGGGGAACGGGCUAGAGAGAGUACAGGGCACGGCCAUGCGCCCACUUCAGCGGGAUCCAAAUAGGAAUAGGAUUUCUCCUCUUGUUGUUUUUUUUACUCGCAGCAUACCAUACAUUCUAAACCCCCAAUCCUGAGUUGUGGUUGCCCCAGCGGCAUCAUGGGACUCCCUCGGCUUGACUCCCUCAGCUUGACUCGAGUGUUCGGCAGAAGUGGAAUAGAGUGACGGCAAUGUUUUCAGACCUGGGUAGUCACGAUAUUGUGCGUGUUUUAUGAACUUUGUGUAUCUUUGUGUGUGUGUGUGUGUGUGUGUGUCUGUGGCUUGUUCAUACACGCUGUAACAAUACGAUGGUGUGUGUGCGCUACGAGGCAACGGUGGGGACCCAGCAGCUUGUGCGCCAGACGCUGUGUUGUAACAUGGUAACAUUGUGAAUCUGUCCUUCUCAUCCUGACACCCCCGUUCCACGACGACGUCGACAACAGGCGACUCACCCCAACAUGCGGACGUACUACUUCUGCACAGACACGCCCAAAGAGAUGGAGGCGUGGAUGAGGGCUAUGACCGAGGCGGCACUCGUCCACUCGGAGCCCGUCAAAAGGCUGGAGAGGCUGCAGGUGGAGCAGUGCGGGCCGCAGGACAUCCACCACCUGACCCCCGACGCCCAGCGGCCGCCGCUGACGCACCCCGAGAUCCAGAACAACGAGCGCAACCGCGAGGCGGACCGGGCGCACCCCGCCAUAAGCAUCCCCAUCCCCGCCCCCACCCUGAACAUCCCCAGCCCCUGCCCCACCCCCAGCCCCACCACCCCCACCGGCGCCACCACCCCCACGCCUGAGGAGCAGGAGCGGAGGCAGCGGGAGGCGGAGCGCUACGGCUUCCAGAACAACGGCGGCGAGAACCAGCGGCCGCUCACCAAGAUCAACAGCCUCAAGCUGCAGCCGGCCCAGGCCGCCGCCCUCACCGCCGGCAUCGUCACGCACCCGCGCACGCCCACGCCCACGGAGACGGACGGCCCGUACCGCGGCGCCACGCCCCAGGUGAACGGCGGCGGGGGGCCCGGGAACCACAGCCCCGGCGGGGACGGCUCGGCCGUGCCCACGCCAAGGCCAGAGGGGCAGGGGCAGGGGCCGGAGCGCUCCCUGAGCAGGACCAGCUCCAUGCUGCAGCUGGAGCAGUGGGUCCGCACACAGAGGGGCCGCGGCCAGGACGAGGACACCCGCAGCAUCACCUCCUACCAAACCCUACCCCGGAACAUGCCCAGCUACCGCGCCCCGGCAGGCACGCCCCAGCCCGGCGAGGGCUACCGCACCAUGCCCAGGAACGGCCUGGGUCAGCGGGACAGCAUCUGCAGCAUGUCCCCCUCCAUGUACGAGCAGGCCCUGGGGCCCGGACCCGGGGACAAGCGGCGCUCCAUGCGGGACGACACCAUGUGGCAGCUGUUUGAGUGGCAGCAGAGGAACGCCUACGCCCGGCCGCCCUCGGCCAUGUACGCCAACAUGCCCAGCCCCAAGACCAUGAUCAACCUGUCGGAGCACGCCCCGCCCGCCCACGCCAUCCCGCCCUCGCCGUCCCACGGCUCGCUGGCCAUGUACGGCGGCUACUCCCCGCUGCGCUCCUACAACAUGGGCGGCGCCCGCUCCGAGGUGUCCUCCCCCGUGUACCGCGGCGGGGACAUGAGCAUGGACCGCCGGCUCCGGCAGCACCCCAACAACUACGCCUACACACUCCACCCUGACAGGAGAUCCAUGCCUUCAGGACUGCCGGUUCAGAUUAUCACUGCCCAGUCGCUACAAGGCAAAACGCCGGAGGAGCUGACUCUGCUGCUGAUAAAGCUGCGACGGCAGCAAGCGGAGCUUAACAGCAUCCGGGAGCACACUGUAGCGCAGCUUAUGCAACUAAACAUUGACGGUGACACCCCAAAGAACGACAUUCUCUCGCAUCACCUCCAAAGGAACCUCAUGUAUUUGGACAACCAGAUGAAGGACAAUGAGCCUUUAAUCGCCAUGACACACAGUUUGAUUGAGAACUCAGCCGCAAGGCCUCAACUUUACCACCAACUGAGUCCAGACGACUACAGGGCUCACACCUACAUGAGCAGGCAGGAAGAGGCUGACGUUGAUACCAAGCUCAGCCGCCUGUGUGAGCAGGACAAGGUGGUGAGGGCCCAGGGGAGCAAAGUACAGCAGCUGCACCGCGAGAAGCACACCCUGGAGACGGCGCUGCUGUCAGCCAGUCAGGAGAUCGAGCUGGGCUCCGGUAACCCCGCCGCCAUGCAGAGCGUGAUCCAGCAGAGGGAUCUGCUGCAGAGCGGCUUGCUCAGCACCUGCAGGGAGCUCACCAGAGUCUCUGCGGAGAUGGAGCGGUCGUGGAGGGACUACGACAGGCUGGAGGGAGACGUGAACGCCGCCCGGACCAACCUCCUGGAGCAGCUGGAGGCCCUGGGGAGCCCGCAGACGGAGCCUCCCAGUCAGCAGCACGUCAACAUCCAGAAGGAGCUGUGGCGGAUCCAGGACGUGAUGGAGGCCCUCAGUAAACACCGGCCCCAGAGGCCCGGGCCCGACGGCUGCUACAGCUCCGUGCCCAUGACCGAGGGACCAGACUACCGGCUGUACAAGAGCGAGCCGGAGCUCACCACGGUGGCCGAGGUGGACGAGAGCAACGGAGAGGACCGGUCGGGAGGAGACCACCUGGGGGAGAGGGAGUCCUCCGCCAGCAGAGGGGUCUGCUACCCAGUGGGCAUCGUACCCCCGAGAACCAAGUCUCCGAUGAUGGACUCCUCCUCCAUAGGGUCCUACGUCACCCUGAGGAAGAGCAGGAGGCCCGAAUCCAGAAACGACCGUCCCCGCAGCGCCGCGGACCAGCUGGGCGGGUCAGAGAGCGCCCGUCCCAGGAUGAGCGUGGAGGAGCAGCUGGAGCGGAUCCGGCGCCACCAGCAGGGGGCGCUCCGGGAGAAGAAGAAGGGGGGUCGCAGCGUGCUGGGCGGGGGCCAGGAGAACACGCCCAGCCGCAGCCCCUCCUUCACCAGGGAGACCCCGCCCCGCAGCACUCAGCUCCAGAGCCGGCGCAGGGAGGACGUGAUGGGCAACGACAUCCUGGAGCUGGAGAACUCUCUGAGGAUGCAGGACGUGGUCCGGGACCAGGAGACGCCCGCCCAGGAGAUCGCCCGCCUGAAGGAGGCCUCGCAGCACUUCAACAUGGACCGAGAGCUGUCGGUGCCUGACAAGGUGGUGAUCCCGGAGCGCUACGUGGAGUCGGACCCGGAGGACGCCCCGAGCCCGGAGCAGGAGGCUGACAAGCAGAGGAAGGUGGACCGCAUCAAAGCCCUGAUAGCCAGGAACAGCAUGCAGAACGCUCCACCCAACAUGCCGGUGAGUCCGGAGCAGGAGGCCGAGGUGGAGGCAGAGGUGCAGGAGAAGGAGAAGAUGAUCAACAUCUCCUACGAGCUGGCUGCAGAGGCCUCCAAACGCAGCAAGCUGGUUGCAGUGAAAAGCCUGUCGUCAUCCACCCCAGUCCAUCCACCACUGUCACCUAACACUCCGCUCCCAGACGGGACUCAUUUCAUGUGUGUCUAGUGUCCCCACCCAGGCUCUGGCCUCUGUGAAGACUUCCACUUGAAGAUCAGACAUGGCCGGCCUAUGAACACGACCGCCUGGCCAUGAAGGCCCCCCCCCCCCCCCCCCCCCCCCACACACACACACACACACACCCUAAUCUCCUCCCCACCUUCUUGGACAGCACAUCGCCAGGGCGGACGCUUACACAAUCAUCCAACACCAUUGGGUCGGGGCCAUACCGCCCAGCUCCCCCCAAUGGCUCACUGUGACCUGGCCUAACUGCGCCCCCCCCCCCCCACACACACACACACACCACUCCCUCUGUGAUACUGCUGCGGUCCACAGCAGAAACCUUUCUCAUGAACACUUAUCCCACCUGGUGGUGGCGAGCAACACAAGGCCAAUAGACAGUUUUUGUGGUGGUUCUUUGUCUUUUUAUUUAUAGGCUUGCCAAUUUUUCCUUUUUUAUUGUUUUGUAGUUGAGAGAGUGUGUGUGUGUGUGUGUGUGUGUGUGUGUGUGUGUGUGUGUGUGUGUGUGUGUGUGUGUGUGUGUGUGUGUGUGUGUGUGUGUGUGUGUGUGUGUGUGUGUGUGUGUGUGUGUGUGACCAUGGUGUGAGCAUACGGACCCUGUAUAAACCUACAGUACCAUGGUUACACCGUAACUUUAUUUAAAAUUGGAACAGACCAAGCCAAAUGUUUUUACAUAACCUGUUUUUACAGAUGUUUUACAUGCUUUUAUUUUAGUUCAGUGCUUGGUUUAAAAAAAAAAAAAAAAAAAAGAGCCUGCUUUUUAGUUUCCCACAAGGUAAGUAAAACCAAAUGAUCACACAUUGAACCGGUUUUUAGAAGGGAAAACCUUUGUUUUAUUUGAGGCUAUUAAUCCUUCUUUCAAAGAGGUGACAUCUUGCUGUGUUUUUGUUUUCAGCUUAUUUCGCGGUUUUUAUUUAUUUGUAUAUUGAUUACUCCCCGCAGUCUAUUGCCGGCACACAUGUGAAUGUUUUGGCUUAAGAAGUGCUAUGCUAUGUUAUUUUUCUGUUGCGUAGAGAUAUAUUUAAACAAACAGAAGGAUUUUUUUAAAAGUUUGGUUCUAUUUUAAGACCAGAUCUGAGUCCUUAAGCUGAGACGAGUAAAGGAAUAGCACAUGUAAAAAGCAAUAAGGAGGUUUUUUUGUUCUUGGAUCUGGUAUAAAUAGUUUCCCAUUUGUAAAACAUGUAAUUACCAGAGGUUCGUUGUGUAUAUAUUGUACAUGGUACAGAACGAUGGGGGAUGUUUCCAUUGCAUAGGGUUACAUACUGCAGCUCAUAUGCCAAUGAUAUGUUAAUAUCCCAUCUGUUUUAUAUCAUGUCAAAUAAACGUUGCCGUUUUAUUGAGGUAUUGUGUA